GGGGCGCCGGUGAUGCUACCGGGAAUUUAGUCUCAUACUUUACUGGGAGAGAUGUCGUUGGCGCCACGGGUACAGCUUUUCCUUUUUCUCUUCAGCCUCUCUUCCCGCGGAGGGCACAGUCGGUAUGUGGAGCACGACAGCGACGCUUCAGACAGAAUACUCUCUCUUCUUAGUUUGGAGAAGAAACGAGAAACGGAGGAUUUUAUGUUCCGGCGACCUUUACGAUGCCUGGACAUGGUGGCCGGCGAGGGGCAGUUCAGGUUCGUGGCGUCCCGGCCCCAGCUGGCCUGCGCCGUCUUCCUCAUCGCAGAGCCCUCGGAGCUCAUCAGCGUGGAGCUCUCCCACACCAGCAUCGACUGCAGCGCCGGAGACUUCAUCAAGGUGUUUGACGGCUGGGUUCUGAAGGGAGAGAAGUUCCCCAGCAGCCAGGACCACCCUCUGCCCGUCCAGCAGCGCUACUCUGAUUACUGCAGCUCCGGACCUGGGGGGGGCGCCACCCUCUCCUCCCAGAACGUGGCCAUGCUCUUCUUCCGCGUCCACAGUCCUGACAGCGGCUUCACGCUCAACGUCCGGAAGCUACACAACCCCUUCCCCUGCAACGUCAUGUCUCAGAGUCCCGAGGGCAGCUUCACCAUGGUCCUGCCCCACCUGAACAGGAACUGCAGCUUCUCCAUCAUCUAUCCUGUGGAGGUGCAGCUCACUGAGCUGAGCCUGGGACAGGCUGCCAGCAACCAGCUCAGCCCGCUGGUGCGGGGGAGGACGGGGUGUGUUGCUACGGGAGACUAUGUGGAGCUGCUGGGGGGGAACGGAGUGGACACCUCUAAGAUGUUCCCCCUGGCUGACCUCUGCUACUCUGUCUCUGGACUGGCCCAGAUGAAGAUAGGCUGUGACAACUCUGUGGUGCGGCUGGUGUCCAGUGGCAGCUAUGUGAACCGCGUGUCGUUCCGGUACCGGCUGCUGGAGCGGCAGGAGAUGCCUCCGCCACGGGAGAACAGCGUCGAGGAGUACUGCAGCGUCGAGUAAAGAUGGCCGCCCUCCUGGAUCAUCUGGCUGCUCCAUCCUUGAUGAAGGCUCCACCUAUAAACCUGUAUAGAUUAACCACUAGUCCCUUGUAAUUUGUGUUUACCUCAUUACUAUUGUUGGUUACGGUCUAACUACUGUUUUCCUGGUAAUUAUUUACUUUAUGCCUGUUGUUGUUUACUUUAUACCUGUUGUUUUUACCAGAGUCAACCUGUGGCCUGUUCUGUCUUUGUCAAAUUUCAUAUUUGUGUAACAAGACUGACUUUCACUUGUGUUUCUUUAACAGGACUGGUUCAUUAUGUUUCUGUGACAGGAUUGACUUUUAAUGGUGUUUCUGUGACAAUACUGGCUAUUAAUAGUGUUUCUGUAACAGGACUGACUAUUACUGUACUGAUAUUUAUACGUUUCUAUGAAGACCACAGCCCUUGAGAAUUGUAGUUUGAGUAGACAUACCUGUGUUUUAAAUCCCUUGCUUCUUGGAUUUUUGAAAAUGAAUUUGAUCUGCAUU